GUAUUUCUUGGGGUUUCUCUCAUUUUAAAGACUGACGAGGCGAGCAGCGAGCAGGACAGCAGCUCCUAACAAACAAAGCAGCGAAAGUGAAGAGGAACAAGAGAGUCCGGAUUCAGUGCCACCAAAGUGAAGAGGAAGAAGAAGAAGAAGAAGAUCCUCUUUUCACUGGAAAAUAAAAAAUAAAUAACUGCCAUGGAUGCUGGUGGCGGCAACUCGUUGCCAUCUGCACCGGACGGGGUGAAGCGAAAAGUGUGUUAUUUCUAUGAUCCAGAGGUUGGGAAUUACUAUUAUGGCCAAGGUCACCCUAUGAAGCCGCAUCGAAUUCGGAUGACACAUGCUCUUCUUGCCCACUAUGGACUGCUUCAGCAUAUGCAGGUCCUCAAGCCGUUCCCUGCUAGGGACAGGGACCUUUGCCGCUUCCAUGCCGACGAUUAUGUUGCAUUCCUUCGAAGCAUAACCCCUGAAACGCAGCAGGACCAUCUGAGGCAACUCAAGCGCUUUAAUGUCGGCGAAGAUUGCCCCGUCUUUGAUGGACUGUACUCGUUUUGUCAAACAUAUGCUGGAGGCUCGGUUGGUGGUGCUGUCAAGCUGAACCAUGACCAAUGUGAUAUAGCUGUCAAUUGGGCCGGUGGCCUGCAUCCUGCAUUUUACAUAUGUUUUUAUCAAGAUGUCUCAUAUUUAAUUUAUCCUCUUCUGAACUAUACUUUCAACUUGCAAUAUUUUGUGUGUGUUCCUAUUUUGAAAUGUAAUAUUUUUUAUUUUCAGCGAGUUCUAUAUGUGGACAUUGAUAUCCACCAUGGAGAUGGUGUGGAGGAAGCUUUCUACACUACCGAUAGAGUCAUGACUGUUUCCUUCCAUAAAUUUGGUGAUUAUUUCCCUGGCACGGGGGACUUACGUGAUAUUGGAUACGCAAAGGGAAAAUACUACUCUCUUAAUGUUCCUCUUGAUGAUGGCAUUGAUGAUGAGAGUUAUCAUUUCUUGUUCAAACCUAUAAUUGGUAAAGUGAUGGAAGUUUUUAAGCCUGGUGCAGUGGUUCUCCAAUGUGGUGCAGAUUCUUUAUCUGGAGAUAGAUUGGGAUGUUUCAAUCUUUCAAUUAGGGGACAUGCGGAGUGUGUUAAAUACAUGAGAUCAUUCAAUGUUCCCCUCUUACUACUAGGUGGUGGUGGCUACACCAUUCGGAAUGUUGCUCGUUGCUGGUGCUAUGAGACAGGAGUUGCUCUUGGAAUGGAGGUAGAAGACAAAAUGCCACAGCAUGAGUACUAUGAAUAUUUUGGUCCAGAUUAUACCCUUCAUGUUGCCCCAAGUAAUAUGGAAAACAAGAAUUCCCGUCAUUUAUUGGAAGAAAUUCGAUCUAGGCUACUUGAAAAUCUUUCCAAGCUGCAGCAUGCUCCCAGUGUCCAGUUUCAGGAAAAGCCUCCUGAUUUUGAUGUUGGAGAGGCAGAUGAAGAUCAAGAUAAUGGCGAUGAGAGAUGGGAUCCUGAUUCUGACAUGGACAUUGAUGAUCGAGAGAUUCUUCCGGGCAAAGUGAAAAGAGAAACAGUUGAACCUCCACACAAUGAUCAGGCAUUCCAGGAGGAUCAGAGAAGAACUGCAGAGCAUUUAAGAAGCUCGGAUAAUGCAGCAGACGAAGCAGCAGCUUGCUUGAAGCCUUUGGAUAUCAGUUCCCAGCCAGUUGAUGAAGAUAAUGUGAAAGUUGAACAGGAUCAUGCUGUGAAUGAUUUGGUGAGAGAGAUGACGGAUCUGAAGGGUUAAGCAAAUGGGGUUUUCAACUGACUGAUGAGCUAUGGUGCUGAUUUAAUGAUCGGUUCAUGCAGUCACAUUUCCCAAAAUGUUGGAUCUGUGACGGCCAAUUGGAUUUUCUUAAGUUGUAUACCUCCCUUAUCAUUUUCUUGAGUUGAGGGCAAGGAUUGGAAAUUUAAUUGAUGUUAACACACAGCACUUGGUUUCUUUGUAUUAGAUGUAAACAUAAAAUGGAUGGUGAUGUUCUCAUGGAUAUUUAAACUCUCUCAAGUGUAGUAUCUGUGUUCAAGUUAAUAGGUGAAUUUUUUCUGUGCUCACAUUGUAUACAAAGCUGGGGUAAAAAGAAAACCCAUAACGGAUAUUAGAAAUCAUAUUCCCUAUUAUCUAA